AUGGUGAAACCCAAGUACAAGGGGAAGAUGUCGAUAAACCCCUCCGCCUCCAGCAGUAACCCCGAUCGGGCUAAAGGCUCUGAAGGCAGCCACAUGAGGGACAGAGCCACGAUCAGGCGUCUGAAUAUGUACAGACAGAAGAAGAGAUGUGACAAAAAUGGGAAAGUCAUCCGGCCUCUGCAGUUCCAGUCCACAGUCGCUCCAGGAACAGUGGCCAGAGUGGAACCCAACAUCAAGUGGUUCACAAAUACACGUGUAAUAAAGCAGUCGUCGCUUCAGAAGUUUCAAGACGAAAUGGGAGCGAUUCAGAAGAACCCUUAUCGAGUCGUGAUGAGACAGAGCAGGCUUCCCAUGUCCCUCCUGCACGACCGAGUCAAAGCUCACAAUUCCCGGGUGCAUAUCUUGGACACCGAAGGUUUUGAGACGACGUUUGGGCCCAAAGCUCAGAGGAAGAGGCCGAGUCUGACGGUGGAUGAUGUGAAAAACCUGGUGGAGAAGGCGGAGUCUUCAGCUCUGGGCUACAACGCCGACAACGACAAAGACCUGGUCACGGAGGACUCGGGGGUUCGGGAUGAAGUACGAGAGGAGAUCUUCAAGAAGGGACAGUCCAAACGCAUCUGGGGAGAAUUGUAUAAGGUUGUGGAUUCGUCUGAUGUCGUGAUCCAAGUCCUGGAUGCCCGCGACCCCAUGGGCACCCGCUCCAAGAACAUCGAGAAUUAUCUGAAGAAGGAGAAAUCCUGGAAGCAUUUGAUUUUUGUGCUCAAUAAAUGCGACCUCAUUCCCGCCUGGGUGACGAAACGAUGGGUCGCUCUUCUGUCCCAGGAAUAUCCCACUUUGGCUUUUCAUGCCAGUCUCACCAACUCUUUCGGUAAAGGCUCCCUCAUCCAGUUGCUCCGGCAGUUUGGAAAGCUGCACACGGACAAGAAACAGAUAAGUGUGGGUUUCAUUGGCUACCCCAAUGUGGGAAAGAGCUCCGUCAUCAACACGCUGCGGUCAAAGAAGGUCUGCAACGUGGCCCCGCUCGCCGGAGAGACCAAGGUCUGGCAGUACAUCACACUAAUGCGGCGGAUCUUCCUCAUCGACUGUCCCGGAGUCGUGUAUCCCUCAGACGACAGCGAGACAGACAUUGUGCUGAAAGGAGUGGUUCAGGUGGAAAAGAUAAAGAAUCCAGAGGAACACAUUGGGGCAGUGCUGGAGAGAGCGAAGCCAGAAUACAUUCAGAAGACGUAUCGCAUCCCCACAUGGAACUCCGCGGAGGACUUCUUGGAAAAGCUGGCCCAGCGGAUGGGGAAACUGCUGAAGGGCGGCGAACCAGAUCUCAGCACGGUCUCCAAAAUGGUGCUGAACGAUUGGCAGAGAGGGCGAAUUCCCUUUUUUGUCAAGCCUCCCGGACCCGAGGGAGACGAGGACAAGGCGCCUUUACUGAUCGAAGCGCCUCCAACCGCAGUGACCGUUGCGCUGGAGGAACAGCCGGACAGCGGAGAGGCCGGACAGGACGAGCAAGCGAAACACGAGCAGAGGAAGAAGGAAGAUGUCAAAAAGAUGCUGGCAAACGUGCGGCAGAACUUUGGCAAGAUCCACGUGGCGCCGGAAUUCAACGAGGAGGACCUGGUUCCUGUGGAGAUGCCCGACCUGGACAUGGGCGACUUCUCAGGCUCAGAGGGGGAGGGGGAGGAGGGGGAGGAGGAGGAGGCUGAAGAAGGAGGCAACGACAAAGAACCUGGCAACGCAGGAGAAGCAGAGGGUUCUUCCACCACCGCGCCCGGCAGUAAAGGCUCGCGAGAAGUCAUACGAGAACUGGACGGAAAGAUCGCAAAGUACAAGCAGUUCCUGGACCGCGCCAAGUCCAAACGCUUUUCAGCAAUCCGGAUUCCCAAGGCCCUCUCCGACAAGGCUUUUGCGGAUAUGAAGCAAAAACACGAAGCAGCUGAGGCCGCGAAGCAAGCUCAAAGAAGAGCACGAAAUAACAAGAAGAGGAAGGCAGACGACGAUCCUGCUGGAGCACCCAAAAUGACAUCAAAACAGAAAAGGGCAGUGGAACGAGCAAAGAAGGACAAGAAAGUGGGCGUGCGCUACUAUGAAACGCACAACGUGAAAAACAAGAACAAAAACAGAAAGAUUCCAGCAUCUUCUACAGAAGGCCAUAAAGCCAAAAGAUCAAAGCACUAG